AUGGCAAAGGUGCAGAUCUCGGUCAACGCACUACAACCGUUAGUAAAAGAAACAGAAGUAGAGUUUGCAACAGGGGAAGUGGCGCUUGUCACCUUUGAAUUUGAAAGACUGGGACUUCACUGCUCCAUCUGUAAUAGUCUAGCGCAUGACUACCUCUACUGCUCAAAGUUCCAUGAAAACCGACCCCAGGAGACAGCUUACAAGCCACAAGAAAAGGAGAAAGGAGCAUUACAAGAGAGGUCUAAAGACGUUCCAGGGAGAGCUUUGGUCACAUGGACCAACAACAGGAGGAAAGCAGGCAAAAGGAGCUCGAUCGACCUCACAAUCGAUCGACCGCCUCAUGCACCAACUCGAUCGACCGCCCCUAAUGCACCAGCUCGAUCGAUCCCCACGUCCUGCACCAACUCGAUCGAUCCCAUGCAGAGCAAGCCAGCUCGAUCGAUCCCGUCUGUUCAGCCGUUCGAUCAAUCCCGUCAGAUGAUAUCACAGCCGUUCGAUCUACUUGGUGCAAACCGACUCGAUCGAACCACAGCGAACCGGAUUGAACCGAAGUCGACCCCGGAGCUAUUUAGACCUAUCUUUAGCCAUUGUUUAGGCUACGCCGUUUUUCAGAGUUUACACUGUUUUCAUUGUUUCUGA